CUAGGUGUGCAGCAGCAGCGCUCGUCCACCGCACGUCGAAUCGGGGUUAGGGCUGAACUUGGAGAAACAUUCACUGCUUUUGUAUGAGUCAGAAACCCGAGAAGCCGACACUAUCAGGUCAGCGCAUCAAGACCAGGAAAAGAGAUGAGAAGGAGAAGUACGACCCUGCAGGGUUCAGAGACGCUAUCUUGCAAGGGUUUGCGGAAACUGGGUCUGACCUAGACGCAGUGCACAAAUUUUUGGACGCUGCUGGAUCCAAGCUAGACUACCGCCGCUACGGAGAGGUCAUUUUCGACAUUCUCCUGGCUGGUGGAAUCUUGGCCCCUGGAGGCACACUGAUAGUAGAUGUGGACGUAGCCAAGCCCUCCCAGACGGACAUCUGCAUCUUUGCUGCACCCAAUAACAUUGACGUGCUCAAGAACUACGCCCAGCUGAUCACAAAAUUGAUUCGACGUUACAAGUAUCUGGAGAAGACUCUGGAGGAUGAGUUCAAGAAGGUGCUGAUCUUCCUGAAGGGGUUCACCCCGGACAACAGGCAGAAGCUAGCGCGGGUGACUGCGGUGCUGCUCGCGGGGGGCCAGGUGCCCGCCAGCGUCUUGGGCAAUGCCCUGCAGGACCACCUCGUGAAGGAUGGAAUUGCUCUGCAGUUCCUGCUGGACGUCUUCCAGACAUGGCUGGAGGAGAAAGACCCCUCCACCCUGUGGGCCGUGCUGCGCAAGUCGGGCAUCGACUCCAGGCUCAUGGAGUUCUUCCCAGUGAGCAAGCGAAGCCCUGAAAAUUUCACGGCUACCUUCAAGGCUCACGGCAUUUCGCAGCUCCUGGAUUACCAGAGGGCUCAGGAGGCUUCUUCAGUGAAGAAGGACCUGCAGCAGCAGGUGAUAAACCAGCUGAAGAAUGAAGUUGGGGUGAAGGAGAUCAUCACGAGCGUGAAGGAGUACAUGACCAAGUACUCGCUGCCGGAGCACGAUGUGGCGGUGCUGCUGUGGACGACACAGAUGUCGGGCAUGGACUGGAACAAGAAGGAGGAGCUGGUGGCGGACCAGGCCCUGAAGCACCUGAAGCAGUACACGCCGCUGCUGGAGGCCUUCACCACCACCCCGAGGGCGGAGGUGGCCCUGCUGGUCAAGGUGCAGGAGUUCUGCUACGACAACAUGAACUUCAUGAAGGUCUUCCAGAAGAUUGUGAUCCUGUUCUACAAGACGGACGUGCUCAGCGAGGACUCGAUCCUCAAGUGGUACAAGGGGGCCCACUCGCCCAAGGGCAAGAGCGUCUUCCUGGACCAGAUGAAGCGCUUCGUCGACUGGCUCCAGAGUGCCGAAGAAGAGUCCGAGGGCGAGGACUGAAGGGGGCCAAGUGUGGCCACGAGACGACGCAAGACUGUGCACACCACGUCGAGGCGCCCCUCACCACCACCCUUGUGCACAUCUCCCCCCUCUCCCCCUUUGCCGCCGCCAACGCGACGACGACGACGACUGCUGCCGCUGCUGCCACCUCGUAAAGCUAAAAACAAGACGCCGACAAAAAAAAGACAAAACGAGAGAGGAAACUGAAGGCCACCGGGAACUCUUGGUAGUAGCCUGGAAUUGGCGAGGAAGAGUUUGUAUCACUCAAAGAUUAUUUUUGUAAUGAGGUGAUUUGCCCCCCCCCCCCCCCCCCCCUCCCUGUGCACCCCCCCUCCCCCCUUCCCGUUGUCCCCCAUCCUUAAGACGAGGGACGGUUGUUCUGUUAAGAGGAAAGAGCGGUGGCUUCGGACUUCAUUUUCCUGUUCUUGUAGUUGAAUUUCGAGGAAACGAAAUACAAAGUAACAACUCAACUGCUCCCUUGUCCUCUCCUUUCACUGUACGUCGGUCUCGUUUGAGCGUGUCCAUCUUUCCACUGAACGAGUGUGUUCUGGGAGUAAUAAAUUGUUAACUUUCUGGCAAGGCUGA